UGAUGAAGGAACUUUCUGAGUCUGUCAGCUGGGGCAAAGCUAGAUAUAAUCUGCCUGAAGAGGAAGUUGGAGAGAGGGCCCUGUAUGCCCUUAAGCAAGUUUGUGUUAUUGGGGGACUUGAAAUCAGGAGAAAGGAAACCUGGGCAGGGUCAAAGCUGUGAUCAGCAGAAUAUUCAUGCUGGCAGUCCCUCUGGCCUUCCCAGCUGGGGCAGAGUUCCGUUAGAUUUAUUUUGAUUAGAAGCACUCAGAGGGCAGGAACUGGGCUUGGCUUAUAUUGGUUCCCACUCUGAGAGCAGUCUGGACUUGGUGGGUUCAUCUGCUCCAGCUUUUGUUCCACUGUGCCAGGGAGCGGAAGGCAGUGGCAGGGAUCAGGUCCAGCCUGGGUGGGCUAUUGCCACCUGUGAAUGCAAUCAAAAGCUGAGAUCCAGCAUGACAAAGUCCUGUGUUCCAGAAGGUCCUGGCUGGCUGAGCUGAAUUAAGUGAUGGAAGAAUCUCCCCGAAGUGCACCCUGCAGGCAGCAAUGCCAGGAUGCCCGUCUCCACCGCCCUUCGCCAAGAUGGCAGCCAGGAGCGGCCAGCAAGCCUGACGUCCACCACCUCUUCAUCUGGCUCCUCCCGUGACAGCCACAGUGCCAUGGAGGAGCCCAUUGGCUCUGAGGCCUCGGCCCAGAAUGGGGCAGGCUCCCCACGUGGCCGGCAUGCCCCCAACAGCAACAACAACUCCAGCAGCUGGCUGAACAUGAAGGGACCCCUCUCCCCAUUCAAUAGCCGGGCGGCAGCAGGGCCUGCGCACCACAAGCUCAGCUACCUGGGCCGAGUGGUGAGGGAGAUUGUGGAAACAGAGCGCAUGUAUGUGCAGGACCUGCGCAGCAUCGUGGAGGACUACCUCUUGAAGAUCAUCGACACGCCUGGACUGCUGACACCAGAACAAGUCAGUGCCCUCUUUGGGAACAUAGAAAGCAUCUAUGCCCUGAACAGCCAGCUACUCAGAGACCUGGACAGCUGCAAUAGUGACCCUGUGGCUGUGGCCAGCUGCUUUGUGGAAAGGAGCCAAGAGUUUGAUAUCUACACCCAGUAUUGCAACAACUACCCCAACUCUGUGGCUGCCCUGACAGAAUGUAUGCGGGACAAGCAGCAGGCCAAGUUCUUUCGGGACCGGCAGGAGCUCCUACAGCACUCACUGCCCUUGGGCUCCUACCUCCUGAAGCCAGUCCAGCGCAUCCUCAAGUACCACCUGCUGCUCCAGGAAAUUGCCAAACAUUUUGAUGAAGAAGAGGAUGGCUUUGAGGUGGUGGAAGAUGCCAUUGACACCAUGACCUGUGUGGCCUGGUACAUCAAUGACAUGAAGAGGAGGCACGAGCAUGCCGUUCGUCUCCAGGAAAUUCAGUCACUGCUCAUCAACUGGAAGGGGCCAGACCUGACCAUCUACGGGGAGCUUGUCCUGGAGGGCACGUUCCGUGUGCACCGUGUGCGCAACGAGAGGACUUUCUUCCUCUUUGACAAAACACUGUUCAUCACCAAGAAACGGGGCGACCAUUUUGUCUACAAGGGUCACAUCCCGUGCUCCUCCCUGAUGCUGAUUGAGAGCACCAAAGAUUCCCUGUGCUUCACUGUCACCCACUACAAGCACAGCAAGCAACAGUACAGCAUCCAGGCCAAGACAGUGGAGGAGAAACGGAGCUGGACUCAUCACAUCAAGAGGCUCAUCCUGGAGAACCACCAUGCCACCAUUCCCCAGAAGGCCAAGGAAGCCAUCUUGGAAAUGGAUUCCUAUUAUCCCAAUCGGUACCGCUGUAGUCCAGAGCGGCUGAAGAAGGCUUGGUCCUCUCAGGAUGAGGUGUCCACCCAUGUGCGCCAGGGGCGCCGGCAAUCUGAGCCGACCAGACACCUGCUCAGGCAACUAAACGAGAAAGCAGCCAGAGGAGCAGGAAUGAAGCAUGCAGGCAGUGCUGGUGCCCUCCUGGACUUUGGGCAGCCCCUCCAUACACGGGGCCUGCAGCCACAGGCUGAAGGGGCUGCCCAAGAGGAGCAGGAGGAAGAGGAGGAGGAGGAGGUGGUGGAGGAGGAGGAGGAGGAGCAGGCCUUUCCGGUCUCUCUGGAGGACCUGGAAGGGCAUGAAGGCAGCGAGAAGGGGGCCAGGCCGGAGCCCCCAGGCUCGGAGGAGGAGGAGGAGGAGGAGGAGGAGAGUCUGGCAGUGGCAGAGCAGGUAGCUGACUUUGCCAGCUCCCUGCUGGCCGCCCUCCACUGCUGGCACUAUCGAGCCAACGCUUUACUUUUCUCCCGGGGUGCUAUGGGGAAGGGACACAGGGAAUCUGAAGGCCCCAAAAGCUGCAGAAGGCCCAGUAACCAUUCUCCAACCAGUGCUGAGAAGCAUCUGAGCUUCGAGUCUAUCUCUUCUCUGCCAGAGGUUGAGCCAGACCCUGAGCUUGGGCCUGAACAGGAGGUCUUUGCUGCUGUGGAAGGUCCCAGCACUGAGGACAUGCCUUCAGACGCAGAGUCUCCAGAGGUCCUGGAAACACAGCUUGAUGCCCACCAGGGGCUGCUGGAGAUGGACCACCCAGGUGACAUGGUGGACUUAGUGGUGGCCGACAGCAACGAGGACCUUAAGGCCCUGAGCAGUGAAGAAGAGGAGGAGGAAAUGGGGACAGUCCAGGAGCCAGAGAGCCUCCUGCCACCCUCUGUGCUAGACCAGGCCAGUGUCAUUGCUGAGCGUUUUGUCAGCAGCUUCUCUCGGCGGAGCAGCCUGGCACUGGAGGAUGGCAAGUCCAGUGGCUUUGGGACACCACGGCUGGUCAGCCGGAGCAGUAGCGUGCUCAGCUUAGAGGGCAGUGAGAAGGGCCUGGCCCGGUGGGGCAGCACCACGGACUCCCUCAGCAACCAGCCCACUCCAGAAAUGGACAUCAGCACAGGGAUGGCCUCAGAGAGUGGCCCUUCUGUCAAUGGGACAGAACCCCCAAUUGCAGGCAGCCCUGUGGAGCCUGACAGGUCUUCCUGCAAGAAGAAGGAAUCGACACUCUCUACCCGAGACAGGUUACUGCUGGACAAAAUCAAGAGCUACUAUGAAAAUGCAGAGCACCAUGAUGCCGGCUUCAGUGUCCGGCGCCGGGAGAGUCUCUCCUACAUCCCCAAAGGACUAGUGAGAAACUCCGUCUCCAGGUUCAACAACCUUCCCAGGCCAGACCCAAAGCCCGCAGCUCCAGUAGAGUACAAGAGACAGGGGGGCUCCCGACCAGCCUCCUGGGCCCUGUUUGAUCUCCCAGGACCCAGCCAGGUGGGAACAGGGGACUCGGCUCCUAUCACGGAUGCUGAGUUCCGUCCAUCUUCUGAAAUUGUAAAAAUGUGGGAGAGAAUGGAGUCUGCUGAGGGGAGUCCCCGGACAGGGCAAGGCCAGGGCCAGGCCAAUGGCUUUGACCUGCAAGAGCCACUCUUCAUUUUGGAGGAGCAUGAGCUGGGGGCCAUCACAGAGGAGUCGGCUACCGCCUCACCAGAAAGCGCCUCCCCCACGGAACGGCCCAGCCCGGCCCACCUGGCUCGGGAGCUGAAAGAACUGGUGAAGGAGCUGAGCAGCGGUGCCCAGGGGGAGCUGGUCACCCCACUGCACCCCCGCAUCAUGCAGCUCUCUCAUGUGAUGGACAGCCACAUGAGUGAGCGUGUCAAGAACAAGGUCUACCAGCUGGCCCGCCAGUACAGCCUCCGCAUCAAGAACAUCAAGUCAGUGACGGCCAGGCCGCCACUGCAGUGGGAAAAGGCAGCUCCUGAGAGGGACGGGAAGAGCCCCACCGUUCCCUGCCCACAGGAGGAGCCUGGAGACCUAGGAGGUGACAAAGGCAAGAGAAGGCCCUUGCUCUCUCUCUUCACCUACGAGCAGCUGGUGGCCCAAGAGCACAGCCCCCCCAAGCCCUCCUCUGCUAGAGAGACGUCCCCACGCCGUUUCUCCUUCAGCCCUUCUGCUGCCAGCCCAAGGACCACCUCACCUGGGGGCCGGCCCUGCACUCGGAGUCCCCUCAGCCCCUUUGACACUGAGACUUUCAACUGGCCCGAUGUCCGAGAACUCUGCUCCAAGUAUGCCUCCCACGAUGAGGCUGUCCAGGCCGAGGGAAGCCGCCCUCGCCCUCGUGGCCCACCCGUCAACCGGAGCUACUCUGCGCCUGAGAAUAUGGUGGAGCCCCCUCUCUCUGGCAGAGUGGGCCGCUGUUGCAGCCUGAACACCAAGAGGAGCCAGGGAGCUACCCAGUCCCCACCUCCUAGGAUGCCGCCUCAAAGCCGGCUGAAUGGAGGUGAAGCCCUGUAUGUCACCGCAGACGUCACCCUGGAGAACAACCGGCGGGUGAUUGUCAUGGAGAAGGGACCCCUUCCCAGCCCCACUGCAGGGCUGGAUGAGGAGGGCAGUGGGCAGGGACCAAGCUCACCGGCAGCCAUGGUGGCACAAGGCCAACAUUUCCCAGACUCUGUAGAGUAUCAGCCGAAGGAAGAUGGUCCCAGGGACCCAGCAGACCCAAGCAAGCAGAGCAGAGUGAGAAACCUGAGAGAGAAAUUCCAGGCCUUGAACUCUGUAGGUUGACUCUGACUCCUGGUCAGGGGCAGGAGCCAUGUUGGUGUGGAAGAACCUGGCAUACCUCCCCACGAAUCUGGGCUUACAUGGGCCCCUUGCCCAGGGCCCUCGUGAAGGCUGCCCUUGCUCUCCUAGAAGAGCGACCUAGCGUGACCUCACCUGCAGCCUGCUCUGUGUACUGGUGGUCUCCUGGGGCUCCAGACACCUUUCCUCAAGCCCAGAUGAGUCGCGCUUCCCACUUCCCUUGUAAAUAUCUCUCUGGUUGGAAGCCAAAUAUUUAAGCUCACUUCUUCCCAGGGAGAGCAAGCACUGCUCAGGCCCUUGGCUGGCCAUUGCCAGGCUGAGGACCCUCGGGGGGAGACCUGGGCAGGCUUUGCUCUUUAACUGUGCCUUUUCUUAGGACUCAGGAAUGAGGCCAAUAAUUUAUUGCUUUCCAUCCUGUGGUAUGUGCGUGCGAGCGAGUAUACAUCUUGUUGUUUAUUCCCCUCCUGUGAAGAAUGUAACCGACUUAGUUCAGGUACUUUUGAGGGUUGCCUUGCUGUCCCUGUGGUUGUCGCUAAUGUACACACAUUUCACUCUGUGCCAAUGGUGCAAUAACCACUGCUGACCCACCGA